AUGACGUGUGUCCUGGCAGAACGCCCGUCUCCUACCGGAAGUCGUGAGCGCACCUCGAGUACCACGCUGGUUCGUGGUACCGAUGCAGAGUAUGCCAGCGUGGCUGAGCAAGCAUUAGAACCGUCGAAAGCGGAAAUGCUAAAAGCACACCCGCCGAUGUCGUUUUCCGUCGACGAUGGUUCGCAACCCGUCUUUCCAGACCGUCCGGAUGCGGUAUACUUUGCGGUCGCAGUCAAUGGAGGCGCCAAACUGUGGGGUCGCACGUUGGCCCGUACGCUAAUCGACAUGGGACCACCGUUUGGUAAUCCGCAAGGACCCCCGCUUAGGCCGAUCUACAUAAAUCUUCCCGAUAAUGGUCGCUUUUCGUCGAAGCUUAUUACAACGGCGUGUGAUUCGAUCGAUGGAAUGCCCCUGGCCGGGAUGGUGAUUGUUGGUGACAGCCAAGCGGCUAAAUCGUUGGCCCUGGCCGGGAACGCGAUGAAGGUGCCCGUUCUAUGGGCGAAAGGAGGAAUUGCUUCAUUGCACAACUCUUACGAUGAGCUCUCAACCAAAUUACAAGCAAUACUACAGCCAUCCUCUAGGGAAAUUUUCGAAGCCAUUAGAGCAACCUUUUUACAAGUUCACUGGCAUUCGUACUAUAUUCUUUGCGAUGUCGAUACGUACGUUCUAAUAAGCGGCAAAAAAGGAACACCACUUCGUCAAAAGCCCCUAAAUCCCAACAUAGUUACACUUCCUUCGAAUUUUGAUUUGAUAUACAAAAAAUUAGCGCACAUUUCCCGAUCCACGAAGGGUGUGGUGCUGAUCCUGUGCAAUCUGAAGGUAGCACGCCUGGUUAUGGUCGAGGCGCAGCGUAUGAAGAUGCUAAACGGUCACUUUGUUUGGCUGUGGAUGGAUACAACAUCUGCGACAGAGUUCUACGAAGCAGGCCAACCAGCGUACGACAUCAAGCAAUCACAAGACGUUGGCACCGGUCUGGGGGGCCGUAGUGAGCUGGAAACCGAUUUUUACGACACGUUUGAUAUGCGCCAUCAGUCGCAUUUGGCGGAUCUGGUCGAACGGCGCAUGGAGUUUGAGGACUUUGAUCCUCGAUUACGCAAAAACCGGACGCGUCCGCAUCCCGACGGUCAGACAGCUCGGUACGGAAGUGCGGCAUUGAUCAACCCCCGGCAAGAAGGAGCCACCGGUUCUGGUGCAUCGAAACAGAACAAACCUAAUCGCCGACCGGACAAAACGAAAAACGGCAAGGGUAAAGUAACGACGACCACCAACAGUACCGUGGUUAACGUGGCACGUGCAACACCGGAACGGGCCGAUGAGUUGACAAUGGAGUCAGAGGAGUUUGAGGACUUUGAGGAUGAAAUAGCGCUACCGCUAAGUGGAGUAGAGGACGAACAGGAGGAAACCGAUGGCAAUGAUAACGUAACGGAGAUGAAAUUGAAACGCAGCAGCGAGUAUUUGAAACCGCACAACUCUUCCGGACACGUGCUUUUUCAUCACAACCAAGACUUUCCCAUCGGGCUGCUCGCGUUACGGCCUAUCAAAAUGAAAAUCGAUCGACAUUUUAUUCGGGCGGCCGUGCGUUUGUUUGCGGCCACCUGGGCCAAAGUGGAACGGGAAGAUGCACCCCCGGCGAGUAAAGGACGUCCAGGACAGGGGUCAGGAACAACCGCUGCAAAUCGAGGAGUCACCCAGGAGCAAGCUGGCAAAGGGCAACAACACAGGGCACAACAGCGACCGGUACAAUUCCAGCAGAAACGCUCUGUUGUUGAGCAACAAGGCACCGACGCCGAGGAGGAUGAUAUUUUAACAUUACCAGUUAACAGUGCUAAUACACAGGAAAGUGUUCACGAAAGUAGUUUACAAGGCCAGUCACCGGUGGCGAACGGAGAUGCCAGUGACGAAUCGACAUCAUCUCCGGAAGCGGUGCGUACCACUUACCAGCGAGCGUACGAAACGAACGAUAUUAUUUCGCCUAAAAGCAAUAGUAGUGCAAAUUUACGUGAUGUCAGUAGUACAAAUAGUUCUAGGGUUAAACGUCAAAGCACCUGGUGGUCAGCGACCACGAAUCACAAAUACAAUAUGGAACGCAGUGGCGCGUCAGGAGGGGACCGUGGACGAGGUCGUGGAGGAGCCACCCGGUACAAAGGUGGCUGCAUGGGCACAAUCAAUCGUGCUGAGUUGACAAAGUCCUACAACUUUGCUAGGAAUUUGCAAACUAACGCCCGGCAAGCGCUUUCCGGGUUUCCAAUAGCAAGUGGGUUCAUUGAAAAAUCGCUUGUUAGCCAUUUUGAAAUGCUGAACCUUGUGCCGACAACGAGACAAUCAUCAUCACCAACACCAAAGAACGAUUACCACGCGGAUAGAAGGGAGGGCGGCAAAUAUUCCAACCAGUCGGCAAAUAGUGAGACUUCGAGCGGACCAGCACCAGCUAGCGCGAGUUCUACGGGCGCAACUGCCAUCCCUGCUAAGUGGAGACGUGUAGGAUUAAUUACAGGUCGAUCAGUGCAUCUAGACACGAUCAUAUGGCCCGGUGGUGAUGUGACGGUGUCCGGGCUUGCUGGAAAGGCUAAAACCAUGUUCAGAGUGGUGGUUUCGGUGGCGCCACCAUUCGUGAUGGAUUCACCUGUCAACGAGGAGGGCCAGUGCUUACGGGGGCUAAUUUGCUAUCAAAUAUUCACCACUGGUCGGCACAAUCUUACGCUAAUGUUCAAUGAAAUCGAACGACGCAAUCGCUUGAGGGAAAUCACCCAAACUCCGAACCAUUACUAUGAGGAGCAGCAGACGUAUCGAUUGUACCGAACACGCUGUUGUUACGGGCUGUCGAUGGAUUUGCUUCAGAAGCUUGCCACGGAAAUAAACUUCGAUUUUCAUCUUUACAUUGUGCACGACGGCUUGUUUGGGCGGCGUAUACCCACCGCGACCGAUCAGACGCCGGGGUCAUCUCGAAACGUUAUCAAACCACAACCGUCACCUAACGUGCAGUCAAAAUCCAAGUUUGAUGCACAAUCCGGAAGGAGUCUUAAACGAGGCUCAAAAUUGAAGCAGUCACAGGCCGGCAUCAAUGGUUCCCGUCAAGAGGAGACGCCAAGUUUUCCUUUCGAGUACUCGACGGCUCCACCGGCACGCACACGGCAGCAGUGGAACGGCGUUAUAGGUGAUCUCAUAUCAGGCACAGCCGAUCUAUCGUUUGCGCCCCUCAGUGUCUCAAAGGCUCGCUCGGAGGUGAUCGAUUUUACGAUACCAUACUUCCACGGUGGUGUAUCCUUGCUGGCCGCACCCGAAGCAGCGACCGAUAUUCCGCUGUUAGCCUUCCUGUUGCCUUUCUCGCCCGAGCUCUGGAUAGCGAUCUUUACCUCACUCAAUGUAACGGCCGUGGCGGUUGCGAUCUACGAGUGGUUAAGCCCGUUUGGGUUGAACCCGUGGGGAAGGCAGCGAAGCAAAAAUUUCAGCAUGUCCUCUGCGCUCUGGGUGAUGUGGGGCUUGCUUUGUGGGCACCUGGUCGCGUUCAAGGCACCCAAAUCGUGGCCCAAUAAAUUCCUCAUUAACGUGUGGGGUGGUUUUAGCGUCAUUUUCAUCGCGUCCUACACUGCCAACAUUGCGGCGUUGAUUGCGGGUCUUCUGUUUCACAACGAAGCGAAAUACUACGAAAUGUCGAUGCUAACACAACGAGUUGGUUCGCCGAUCGCCACAGCAGCCGAAUCGUAUGUCCAGCAAAACGAUAAGCGGCUGUGGGAACAUAUGAAAAAAUAUCAGCUUCAAAGUAUCGAAGAAGGAAUCCAACGGUUGAAAAACCGCACCAUCGAUCUGCUAAUGUGUGAUACUCCCAUAUUGGACUACUAUCGUGGCACGGACCAAAGUUGCUCUUUGCAGCGUAUAGGUGAUAAUUAUAUUGAAGAUUCGUACGCGAUAGGAAUGUCCAAAGGAUUUCCCCUGAAGAAAACCAUGUCAGCGCUAAUUUCAAAGUAUUCUCACGACGGAUACCUGGAUAUACUAACCGCGAAGUGGUACGGAGAUCUGCCCUGCUUCAAGUUGGAUCGCGAAAUGGCACAGCCCAAACCGCUAGGCGUCACGGCGGUAGCUGGAGUGUUUCUACUCUUAGGCGUCGGCAUGGUGCUCGGAGUACUUAUACUGAUCAUUGAGCACGUGUUUUACAAGUACACUCUGCCGAUACUGCGUCAUCAGCCCAAGGACACGAUCUGGAAGAGCCGUAACAUCAUGUUCUUUAGCCAAAAGCUGUACCGGUUCAUAAACUGCGUCGAGCUGGUGUCGCCACACCAUGCAGCCAAGGAACUGGUGCACACAAUCCGGCAGGGCCAGAUCACGAGCUUAUUCCAGAAAAGCGUUAAGCGGAAGGAAGAUGAGCAGAGAAGAAGGCGCAAAAGUAAGGCCCAGUUUUUCGAAAUGAUCCAGGAGAUUCGCAGAAACAUCAAACUCGACAGGGUGCAGCUGGACACGGACGUGGACGCGUCUUUGUCGGCCACGUCGGAAAGCACCUCCCAGGCGCUCCUUCCCGAGACACUCCCAGCUGGCUCGCGGCUCUCGGUAUCGGCCUCAGCUAGCCGCCGUGCCAGCCCUGGCCGAUUGUCACGGGCCGGGUUCGGAUUCGGCAAGUCCCGCGAGGGUGGCAGCAAAACUUCGUCCUUUGCUUCCUCACUAAACGUGCGUCGCUUUAGCACAGACAGCAUCAUCAGCGAACGGUUGGGAACGAUUGGACGGCGACUCAGUCGCGAUGCCGCAACAAGCUCGCCACCGGAUUUAUCGCACCACUUUGAAACGUUUGGCAAAAGCGCUCCCGCGGAGUCGAACUCCGGCUCCAAGUUUGACACCUACUCCGGGAAAAACAACAGCAAAGAGAGCAUCGCGGUGUUUAAGUGUGACACGUUCAAUGGAAAACUGACGCCAGCAGGAGGUGGCUUGGACACCGUGGACACCAGCAGUACCAGCGUCGCGGUGGUCCACGCGAAACCCGAAGUUGAGGAAAAACCCGUCCUUCCUGUGAAAACGAAAAAACGCUCCCGCCGUUCGCCACUUAACCUCGAACUGUACGAAUCGAGCCGCCGGCGGCUCAUUCCUAUCAACGAACGCGUGGCACACGGGCUAGCACCACCGUUCCUCGAGGCGGACACCGGCAGUGCCAUGCUACGGGACAGGUUGCACGAGGAGCUUCGUCUCAAGUACGGACAGACGCGGUGGAAGGGCUCAACAGAGGGGCAGGAUGGUGUAGCCUCGUCGCCCGUUGUGGCGGAUGUCGCAGGGAACCAUUCCGGAGUUAAACCAAAGCGGCCGAGCCGCCGAUCAUAA